AAUUACCUGUUCUAGCAGAACUGAUGCGAGCGCGAGUUUGCGAGCACGUGCCACGUAGGCUGGAAGAAAACUGAAACUACUACCAGGCGCGCGAGGACAAAUAAUUCUUUACAUCUGAUAAAAGAGCACGGUGUUUUUGUUUUUGUUUGUUUGUUUGGUUGUUUACCUUGAAAUUUGACGGAGGAUCUGACAGACCCGCGAGGAUGCACUUGUUGUCAGCCAGAUGCGCUUGUGCGCUGCUAAUCCAGGCGCUCUUCUUUUGCCAAGUCAAAUGUAUGCCGAGUGUUCGCGGCAUGUACGGGGAAACCAUAGAGAUUCCCUGCGACCCAUUCAUCCAAACAGAAAACACCAUGAUGAUCAAAUGGAAAUAUCAAAAAACAGACGGGUCUCCACAGGAUCUGAUAGUCAAAAGCAAAGACCAGGACCCCCUAAUCUCCGUCCCCGACGCACUCAAGCAUCGUGUGAGCAUGGUGGCCAACUCCAGCCUGCUGCUGUCUGGCGCCAGGCUGACCGACCAAGGGACUUUCACCUGCAUGGUGGUGACCACUGCUAACAUUUUUGAACACCAAAUUAAACUGGAGGUUCUAAAGUCGCCUGAAGGCCUGGAGAUAUUUGACAAGGCAGAGGAGCUGGAGAUUGGCAAACUCACUAAGCUGGGAGUGUGUACUGCAAAGAAUGCGAACCCAGCUGCAGAAAUCAUGUGGUUAAAGAACAACCAAGCUCUGAUGGAUGACGGGAAAGGGAUUUUCAUUACAAAGGAUGUGAAGGUAGACCUCGGUACACUCUUGUCGACCACAACCUCCACUCUGAAGUACUCCGCCCAGAAGGAAGACGACGGCGCUGUGUUCACCUGCCGCGCUAAGCACAUUGUGGGAGAGCCCAUAACUUCUUCGAUUACUCUAAACGUCACCUACUCCCCGGAAACUGUCGAACUUCUCGUCACUCCUCAGGAUCCUCUUGUGGAAGGAGAUAACAUGACUCUGAAGUGUGUGGCAGAUGGAAACCCUGCUCCCACCAGCUUUAACUUUCACCUCAAGGGGGAGACAAUAAAAGUAGAAAACCAAAACGCGUUUACCAUCACAAACGUCACACGUGAUGCAUCUGGUGAAUACAAGUGUUCUCUAAUUGAUGACCGCGGACUGGAAGCCUCCAAGAACGUCACAGUCAACUACCUAGACAUUAAUUUAAGCCCCUCUGGGAGGAUUGAGAAGCUUGCUGGCAAAGCGCUGGAAGUAACUCUUCAGAUUUACUCUUCCGCUGCACAUAGCGUUUCAUGGAAAAAGAAUAACCGCAUUUUGGACAACGAGCCAAAGUUCCCCAAGAUCGCUUACUCUGACUCUGGCGUCUACGAGUGUGAGGUGGCGUUGGGACCCCUCAGCCGGAAAGCAUCUUUUGAGCUUGUUGUCCAAGGUGCUCCGGUUAUCAGCAGUUUGUCCAAACACAGCAGUGACGACGGCAAAUACAAAGUCCUCACUUGUGAGGCCGAAGGAUUCCCAAAGCCAGCAGUUACCUGGAACAUCAACGGCACUUUGAUUACUGAAAGUCCCUUCAGCAACGGAAAGAUAAUCCAGAAGUUUGCAGUUGUGCCAUCUGAAAACCUCACCGUCCAAUGCACAGUGUCCAACAAGUUUGGCAGUGAUUCGAAAUCUAUCGAUGUGCUUCCUUUAUUAAAGGAUGUGACAUUCAAAUACCAAGACACGCAUGUGAGCAGAGAUCAAACCAAGCUGGUAGUUGGAGUUGUGCUGGGCCUCCUCGUCGCCACUGUGCUCAUUGGCCUGGCGUACUGGCUUUACUUGAAGAAAUCCAAGCAAGGAAGCUGGAAGACUGCAGAGAAUGAAAACGGUUCCUCUGAGGAGGAGAAAAAGCUGGAGGAGAAAGUGGAGGAGAACAGUCAGAAAGCUGAAGUGUAAAGAAAAGCUGUCCAUUCUAUAAAUGGGGAAGUGAGAGUGAGAACAUAGAACUUUUGCACAUUUCUGUCCUGAGCGUGGGAAUAAGAGUGUGCAUUUGGACGAAGACAGCUUGGUUUCAGGGAGACUUCUAGAAAAAAACAUAUCCACACAUUCUCUAUGCUCCACAACUCCUCACCCCCCCCAUUUAUGAAAAGAAUAAAAAAAAUGGAAUGGAUAUUGUGUGUGAUAUACAUAACUCGUCUGCACUACUGAAGCCUGUGUAAAACUUGUCUACUUUUAGGAUUCAUGUCAGUUAGAAUGGAUUUUUUGGGGAAAGUGUGAAGAUUCAGAUCUUUUUCUUUAGCUGUCUUUAGUUGAUGCAAAUAAAGUUUUAAACUAGACCAGUUGCCUUCUCUGUAAGGAUGUGUAGUUCUGCAUUAGUCUGCCCCCACCCCACACAAACACUUUCCCCACGUCUUAUUAGUUGAAUCUCUGUGAAGCCACCUCUGCUUCAACAUCAGUAUACAGUAGUAGUAAACGUGUUAAUUCUCCGCUCAUUAAUGUGGCGGAAAAAGUUUUCAAAUUGAGGGGAAAUUCCUGAAAGGGCUAUGGGUAUAUUCUUAUACUCAGCAUUAGUUAUAGAUGGGGACUUUUCACGUUGCUGGAUGCUGGUGAUGUUCACAAACUUCUUUGGUGUUGUAUGCAUUAACUUUUUCACUUUUUUUUGCCUUUUUAUUGUUGUGUAACCAGGAGAGUAAAUGGCAUGAAGCCUUUGUCUUUUCUUUUAUGUACUGUACAUUUGACAAAACGACAUCAAUUAGCUUUUUCUUCACUUCUGCUCGCAGAUGUUACUUUUAUCGCGUUGCCUCUCCCGUGAAUUUUCCCCGGGACCCGCAGACAUGAAAGGAUAAUUAUUGGUUUGUGCUUAGGCAGUGUUGAGGAAUGAUUGUUUAUCACAUAGCCAUAACAUCAUUUUGCAAUCCAGGACAGGAUGCGUGUCUCAAAGUAGCCUUGAUAUGUAUGCCUUCUUUCAACAUCUACCUGUAUUGCUUCCAUCAGUGAUGUGUAACCAUUUUUGGUCCAUUAGGAAAAUUUACUCAACCGAAAAAUGUAACAAGACCAGGAUGAAGUUGUGAAGUGUGUGAAUGUAAUUUUCUUUUCUUUUUUUUAUUUCUUUUACUAUUUUUUUGCUAUUUAUAUUGUACAAGAUUAAAUAUCCUGCUAGAUUUUCUGUUUAUUUCAAAUUGUGAUAAAUUGCUUGCAGAAAGUGUAAUUUGCUUCUGUCACCAGUAGUUUGCUCAGCGUCUGGUCAAGUAAUAUUCCAAGCAUGUGAUAAUCUCAGACCUCUGAGCUUCUGUCUACUUUGUGGAAAACAACAACAACAAAAAAACAUCCAAUUGGAAAAAUCGACCAAAGAAAGUGAACAUUGCCAUGCAAGUAUUGUAAAUAUCUGAUGUUUGUUUUUGUACUUUUGUUUAAAAUAAAAUGUAAAUUUGGAAAAGUUA